AUGGUAGCCAAACAUGCCAACUUUGUCGAGUUCCAUGACGAAGAACUUAGCUCCCUUGGAACUCAGCAGAGCCUUGGUCUCGUUGCACUUUUGCACAUCUCUAGUUACUUGCUGGCUUUCAAGAGCUUCGACUCACCUACGGCAUUCUCACUGAUGAUUUGCUCGGCUUUGGUUUUUGCGGCAGACAUGGCGGCUGGCGAGGUGGCUACAGAGCCAAAAAGACGGCGGAGUAUGGAAGCUAUGGUGGGCAACUUCUUGAUAGCAGAAAAAGAAGAAGAAGAAGAAGAAGAAGAAGAAGAAGACGGCCUGGACGAGGGGUUGCGAGACGAUAGUUAUAUGCAAUGUGAAAGAUGGUAA